AGUCAACCAACAUUUCUCUAUAUAAACGUGUAUUCUAGAGUUUGAACAUCACUUAAACCUUCCCAUUUGCCAUUGCUAAUUACAGGAGCCAUGGCUGGUGAAAAAAGCAAGAUUAUGGUAUUUGGAGCCACCGGGUACCUUGGCAAAUACAUGGUGAAGGCAAGCGUUUCAAAGGGUCAUCCAACCUUUGCCUAUGUGCGCCCAAUCAAACCAAACGCAGACCCUUCCAAGCUAGGGCAGCACAAAGAGUUUGAAGCUUUGGGAGUUACCAUUAUCCAAGGUGACUUGGAUGAGCAUGAGAAGCUUGUAGCAGCACUUAGUCAAGUGGAUGUUGUGAUUUCUACCUUGGCUGUUCCUCAACAUCUUGAGCAAUUCAAAAUAAUCAAAGCCAUGAAAGAAGCUGGAACUAUAAAGAGAUUUGUUCCAUCAGAAUUUGGAAACGAAGUUGAUAGAGUGAGUGGAUUGCCUCCUUUUGAGGCUUUGCUUGCAAACAAAAGGAAGAUCAGAAGGGCAACUGAAGAGGCUGGAAUUUCAUACACUUAUGUGUCUGCAAACUCAUUUGCAGCCUACUUUGUUGACUAUUUGCUACAUCCUCAUGAAAACAGAGAUGAAGUUGUUGUUUAUGGAAGUGGUGAAGCCAAGGCCGUGUUAAAUUAUGAGGAGGAUGUAGCAGCCUAUACAGUAAAAGCAGCCACAGAUCCAAGGGUGGGCAAUAGGGUAAUUGUCUAUAGGCCACCAGGAAACAUCGUUUCCCAAUUGGAUUUGAUUUCUUCAUGGGAGAAAAAGACAGGACGUACUCUUAAAAAAAUCAACGUGCCUGAAGAGGAAAUAGUGAAGCUCUCUGAGACACUAUCAUUCCCGGACAAUGUACCUGUGGCUAUCCUUCACAACAUAUUCAUCAAAGGGGAUCAGACAAGCUUUGAACUCACUGCUAAUGACUUGGAGGCCUCCCAAUUAUAUCCUGAUCACAAAUACACUUCAGUCGAUGCCCUCCUUGACACUUGCUUGGUGAAUCCCCCCAAGCCCAAAUUAGCUGCAUUUGCAUAAAAAAGAACUAUCUUUUUACUUUUUCUUCCAAAGCUCGGCCAACACUAGUGCUCU